AUGUCUGCGGUCCGAAGCAGCAUUGACGUUGUUGCCAAUGUCUAUGCGGUCCUUAUUAAGGAAUUUUUGCGCCUCCGCUUUGUUCUCCUCGCUGCCUGCUUCGUGGUAGCCAUGGCGAGCCAGAAAUGCAGCCGUUACUGCCAGACUCCUGGGCAGACUGACGUGUGCUGUGAUCCUCCACCUCCCCCUCGCCCCCCUCCGUGCAUCGACUUCUUCGACGGCAACUUCCCCUUCUGCUACAGCGACCACCAGUGUCCAGCGGGCCAGAAAUGCUGCAGAGACGCCUGUUCCCAAAGGAAAGUUAGUUUGGCCGUCUGAGUCAUGCCCCAGCGACUACAUGGCCGCAUGACACAAACUGGACUGACUAUUGACGAACUACGUGCUUGGCCAUUUCCUCUCUUUUUUUUUUUUUUUUUUUUUUUUUUUUUUUUUUUUCAUUUUCACUAUGGACGCCACCAAAAUCUUUCUUCUGUUGGUAUAACAUCUCUCAAAAGAGUGCCCUUUGGCUAAUAAAUUUGGAUUGGAUUCUUUUUUUUUAUUCUUUGGAAUAUCUUACGUGCAUCAAACAUUGUCAUAAAUAAACCCGGGUAGGGAACAUGUGUACUAAGCCAGUUUCAGACCGGGUACAAAAUCUAACUAAUGUACCAUGUAUAUAUAUAUAUAUAAUAUAUAU